AUGCUGCUGGGGCCUCUUACGUCCCGGCAGAAAGCAAAGAGACAGACGACUCUGCGGAACCGGGUGCAGCCCUACCUCCUCAGAUUUGUGAGACCCCUCCUGAUCUUGGACGACACUCCCCCUCCUCCUGCGCCCUUCACCCACCGCAUCGUCACACUGAGGACUGGAGACUUCAAAGAUACUUACAAACUGAACACGAAGGAAAUCCUGGGAGGGGGGAAGUUCGGGGAAGUGCGUACGUGUACGGUGAAGGACACGGAUCUCAAGCUGGCUGUGAAGAUCAUCAAGAAGCAGGGCCCCAAAGACACGGAAACAGCCGAAGUCGAAAUCGACGUAAUGAACCAGCUCAACCACCGAAACUUGAUCCAACUCUACGACGCCAUCGAGACGCCCCGAGAGAUCAUGCUCUUCAUGGAAUUCGUGGAAGGGGGAGAGCUGUUCGAACGGAUCAUCGAUGAAGAUUACCAACUGACCGAGGUGGAUUGCAUGGUGUUUGUGCGUCAAAUCUGCGAAGGAAUCCUCUUCAUGCAUCAGAUGAGGGUCCUGCACCUGGACCUCAAGCCCGAGAACAUCCUGUGUGUGACGGCCACUGGCCACAUGGUGAAGAUCAUUGACUUUGGAUUUGCCCGAAGGUUCAACCCCCGAGAAAAACUAAAAGUUAACUUUGGCACCCCGGAAUUUCUGCCGCCAGAGGUAGUCAGCUAUGAGCCGGUCUCCUACAGCAGCGACAUGUGGAGCAUGGGGGUGAUCGCAUAUAUGCUGCUGAGUGGUUUCUCCCCUUUCCUGGGCGACAACGACACAGAAACCCUCAACAACGUCCUGUUGGCGGAGUGGUAUUUCGACGAGGAAGCCUUUGAAGGCAUCUCGGAUGAAGCCAAAGACUUCGUCUCCAACUUGAUCAUCAAGCAAAAAGGUGGGAGGAUGAGUGCAGCCCAGUGCCUCCAGCACCCGUGGCUCAACAACCUGGCUGAUAAAGCAAAACGAGUCAACCGGCGCCUCAAAUCUCAGGUUCUGCUCCGGAGAUACGUCAUGCGACGUCGCUGGAAGAAAAACUUCAUUGGCGUUUGCGCUGCCAACCGAUUCAAGAAAAUUACCAGCUCCGGAUCUCUGACAGCUCUCGGGGUCUGAACUGGGGAGCGGAGCGGGGUGGUGGUGGUGUUGGGGAGAGGACGUGGUAGCCAGCAAAAGAGGAACGAGCGAGACCACCGACCCGAAGCUUGGACAGUCUUGUGUUUGUUGUGCCCUGCCAUUCAGGGAUGGUGUAACGGGGACUGGACAGCAGGGGCUCUGGAGCAUGGGACCUUGUGGUGCAGAGAUGCUCCUCUCUCCGGUACAAAGCCUGCCUGGUCUCCUGCCUCUGCUUACCUGGGCAGGGGAGCCCCUUCCCCUCACUCGGCUGACUUGAGCCUCGCCACCGCAGGGCCGCUUUCAACGAUUUCCCCCCGCUGAGAACUCAUUAGGACUCCUUGCGCAUUGCGCCAUCCAUGCACCCUUUGCCAGAGCUCUGGCUGCUUCAAGGACCCUCCUCCCUCACUGCAGGGAGCCGGGUCCCACUUGGGACACUGUUGGUUCAUCCAGCCGGAAGAGGGUCCUGGCAUCCCCGCCGUUUGGCGUCUCUCCUGUCGGAAUGGUACCCGAAGAAGCUCAUUUGGAAACCUGGACUCUCGUAUCCUGCGGAGGGUACCUGCCCCUUCCUGCCAUGGUGUUGCUUUUUUGGGGAGAAGGGGGAUGGGUGGGGGUGGGAACCAA